AUGUCUCAAUAUAUCGGGAAAACCAUUUCGUUGAUCUCCAACAAGGGCCUCCGUUAUGUUGGUUUGUUGGAGAGCAUCAAUGCCGAUGAUGCCACCGUCGCAUUGAAAUCGGUGAGAUUGUUUGGCACUGAGGGCCGUAUGGCCCAAACUGGUAACCCCAACUUGGAAGUGAUGCCAGGUUCCGAUGUCUAUGACUACGUGGUAUUCAGAGGUUCUGACGUCAAGGACUUGUCAGUGUUGGAUACUCCGAUCGACCAGGUCAAGCCACAGCCCUACGUUGCUCCACAAUCCGGAUACUACCAAGCACCUCCACAACCCCAGACGGCUCAGCCUACUCAGACCCAAAAUGCUGCCCCAGCUACUACCCAGAGCCCAGCUCAGCCAACUCAGGUCCACCCACAGGCAUCUCCAGCCCAGGCUCCUGCUGCUCCAUCCCAAACCGGACAAGCUGCUAGCCCAGAAGCUAGCAAGCCAGCUCCAACCAAGACCACCUCGCAAACCGCUACAUCUACCGAGGAACAGGCCCAACCACGUCCAGAGUCCACGCCUGAGGUGUCUUCCAGGCCAUCCAGAUCGAGAGAGCCAGCUCAACCAAGGCCACAAGGUCAACCUAGACCACAAGCACAACCAUCUAGAAAAGUCAGUAUCCCAGAUACCGCAUUCGACUUUGAGUCUGCCAACGCUAAGUUUACCAAGGAUUCCGAUGCCGAAAGAGACGCUGACGGCACUUCCUACAACAAGCAGUCUUCUUUCUUCGACACCAUUUCAUCAUCUACUGAAGAAAGAAACAGCAUGAGAUGGGCUGAAGAGAAGAAUCUCAACAUGGACACAUUCGGUGAAGCCUCUAUCCAAAGGGGCAGAGGAAGAGGUAGAGGAAGAGGCGGAAGAGGCUGGAGAGGAGGAAGAGGAAACUCCAGUAGAGGCAGAGGCAGAGGCAGAGGCAACAAGAAUGAUGAUUACAACAAUAAACCAGAAUGGGCUUAG